GGAAAGGUUGGGAGGAGGGUCGAUCCCGAGAGCCAUUUAUAGACAUAAAGAGAAGGGAGAGAGAAAGAGCAUAAUAAACUUGACAGUUCCUUUUUACUUUGUACAAACGUGCAAGUAAACCUGGAGGGCACGAACAGAAAAACGCAAAAUUAUAGCACAACGUUUUGGAAAGGAUACCAACACUGAGGAAAACCAGACAUAUGCCAUUGCUAUAAAUAACGGUACAUAGCACAGUGUGCAAUGGCUCCGUCACUCGCGCAGGCCUACAGGAGGCGCUGGUGGAUGGCUGUCACGUCAAUCAUAGAAAACCUGCUCUUCUCUGCCGUAUUGUUGGGUUGGGGUUCCCUUCUUAUCAUGCUGAAGAACGAGGGCUUCUACUCACACCUGUGUUCAGAAAAUGUCACAGAAAGUCACACUAACGCGAGUUUGACGGAGCAUCCGGUUUGGCUGAGCUGUAUUGAACAGGAGGAGAUUCUGAAUCUGGGCUUUACGAUUGGCUCGUUCAUCAUCAGCGCAGCCACUCUGCCACUAGGUGUCCUGAUGGACAAAUUUGGGCCUCGUCCAAUCAGAUUGUUUGGCAGUUCAUGUUUUGCACUCUCCAUGGCUUUGAUUGCAGUCACAUCUUAUAAUCCAAAAGUGUUAUCAGCUCUCAUAUUUCUUGCUGUCUCCAUGAAUGGGUUUGGAGGAAUCUGUCUAACCUUCACGUCACUAACAUUGCCGAAUAUGUUUGGAAAUGUGCGCUCUACUAUUCUCUCUCUCAUGAUCGGCUCCUAUGCCUCCUCUGCUGUCACCUUCCCAGGAGUCAAGCUGAUCUAUGAUGUGGGCGUAUCGUUUUCUGUGAUCUUCUGGAUGUGGGCAGGGUUCGCCUGCUUCGUCUUCCUCAACUGCUUCCUUAAUUGGCCGGGAGAAUCUUUUCCUGCUCCUGAGGACAUCAGAUUCAAUACAAUGGUGAAGUUGAGUGGUAAGGUAGUGGACGAUGAGAUGACUGACACUGAUGUGAGUCUUAAAGAGCGAGAGGUGACUAAAAAACAACCUUCUACUGAUGAAGUCCCCAGCGAUGGAACAGUAGCAGAGAACCAGGAAGGAUCCCCUCCCUUUCGUCGCUCUGUGUGCUCACCGAUUUUCCUGUGGAGUCUCAUCACGAUGGCGAUGACCCAGCUCCGUAUCAUAUUUUUCAUGGGUGCCAUGAAUAAGAUGUUGGAGUUCCUGGUUACCCAUGGUGACCCUAACCCCUCAGAGGAGUUGGAGAAGGAGGCAGAGGACAAAGUAAGUCUCUACUCGUCCAUCUUUGGCACUCUUCAGCUGCUCUGCCUGAUUUCCUGUCCUCUGAUUGGCUAUAUCAUGGACUGGCGAAUGAAGGAGUGUGAGGACGUGGUGACAGCUGAGGGAGAAAAAAGUCCAUCUGGGCCUCCAAAGAGGGACAGAAAGAUCCAAAAACUCACUAACGCCAUCAGAGCUUUCAUCUUUACUAAUAUACUGCUAGUCAUCUUUGGCAUCAUCUCCCUCAUAGACAAUCUGCCCAUACAGGUGGUGUCUUUUAUUCUUCACACUUUCGUUCGAGGUUUCAUUCACUCCUGCUGUGGUGGCCUCUAUGCUGCUGUCUACCCAACCAAUCACUUUGGCACUCUGACGGGCAUGCAGUCCAUGGUUAGUGCUGUGUUUGCACUCCUGCAACAACCCCUCUUCAUGUGGAUGGUGGGACCAUUGAAGGGCGAUCCCUACUGGAUCAACUUGGGCCUGCUUCUAUUCUCUUUGGUUGGAUUCUUGCUGCCAGCAUACCUCUUCCACCAUCGGAGACAACUUAUAAAGAAGAAGGCAGCGCGCGAUAGUCUAUCACUGGCGCAGGAGAGCGUCAGCCUCAACCAAACAACUGAGUCUUCAAAAUACCAAACCAACGGGAACGUCUGAUCUGGAAAACAUUUAUUAGAGAGAUGUUUGUGAAUUAUAGAUCUAAAUUAUAACAGUUAAUCAAAUGAAAUCAAAUGAAAGUGCAACAGUUAAACAGUUAAAGUUUUUUAUAAAAGUUAAAAAUCAAAUGAAAGUGCAAUUUAAAGUCCCUAUGAAAUCAAAAUUGACCAUACUUACUUUGUU